UACAAGAAAACGUAUCAUCCAAUUAAAAACCAGCUUGCUUUUCCAAACGGUGUCGAUAUAAGAAAUUACAUCCGGAAAAAUUGUUAACACAUUUAUUUUGGAAGAAGAGCGGUUUAUAUUUAACAAUGGAUGAAAAUCAAAGAGAAGGUAUACUCCAAUACUUCAGCCAAAUUGUUGAGGAACAUCCGGACAUGUCGGCAGCUGUUGCAGCCAUCAAAACACUUCUCCACUUCAUAGAAAAUAAUAGAAUGGAGACCCUGGCUGGACUUAGAGCAACACUGAAAGAUGCCACAAAUACACUGACACAGACAGACAGCAGUGUUACGUCCAUAUCUUCAGGCUGUGAACUUUUCCUUAGAUUUAUCACACUCACAAGUCUGGAAGAUACGGACUUUCAGAAGUGUCAGAACAUUAUGGUAGAAAGAGGGAACAUGUUUCUACAGAAAGUUGCCUCAUCUAGACAGAAAAUAGCCAGACAGGCAGACAAGUUUAUCAGAGACGGCUCAAAAAUAUUGAUUCACUCGCAUUCAAGAGUUAUACAACAUGUGUUAAAAGAAGCGGCCCAGUCAAAGAAGAGAUUUGAGGUCUUUGUUACAGAAUCAAGACCCAAUGAUGCAGGAGUGAAGACCCUGGAAGAAUUAAGAGCUUGCGGUAUACCUACAACAUUGAUACUUGAUUCUGCAGUCGGUUAUGUGAUGGAGAAGGUUGACAUGGUAUUGUGUGGUGCUGAAGGUGUCGUAGAGAGUGGAGGUAUUAUCAAUAAGAUUGGAACAUUUUCCAUAGCAAUAGCUGCCAAGGCCAUGAAUAAACCCUUGUAUGUUGUAGCAGAAAGUUUCAAAUUUGUGCGACUUUUUCCAUUGAACCAACAUGACCUGCCUAAUGAAUUCAAAUAUAAAGCAUCUACGCUAAAGAAAGGCAGCAAUCUAAAUGAAGAACAUCCCCUUGUAGAUUACACUCCACCCAAUUAUAUAACAUUGUUAUUUACCGACCUUGGUGUGCUUACGCCAUCUGCUGUCAGUGACGAACUUAUUAAGUUAUAUUGUUGAAAAAUAAAAUGAAAACAAACUGUCA